AUGGCGCGAGUCUACGCGGACGUCAACGCUAACAUGCCGCGGUCAUACUGGGACUACGACUCGGUAGCCAUCUCAUGGGGUGUCUUGGAGAAUUACGAAAUUGUCAGGAAAAUCGGUCGCGGCAAAUACUCCGAGGUCUUCGAGGGCAUCAACAUCGUCAACUACCAGAAAUGUGUGAUCAAGGUGCUCAAGCCGGUCAAGAAGAAGAAAAUUAAGCGUGAAAUCAAGAUCUUGCAGAACUUGGCCGGUGGUCCCAACAUUGUGGCACUGUUGGACGUGGUACGGGACAGCCAGAGCAAGACGCCGUCCCUGAUCUUUGAAAAUGUCGACAACACUGAUUUCCGGACUCUGUACCCCCGCUUCGUGGACUACGAUGUGCGCUACUAUAUCUUCGAGUUGCUCAAGGCGUUGGAUUUCUGUCAUAGCAAAGGGAUCAUGCAUCGAGAUGUCAAGCCGCAUAACGUUAUGAUCGAUCAUGCGAAAAGAAAGCUUCGACUUAUCGAUUGGGGUCUCGCUGAAUUCUAUCACCAAGGGACAGAAUACAAUGUGCGCGUUGCCUCCCGCUAUUUCAAAGGACCUGAACUACUUGUCGACUACCAAGAAUACGACUACUCUCUGGAUAUGUGGUCCCUGGGAGCCAUGUUCGCCUCCAUGAUCUUCCGCAAGGAACCCUUCUUCCACGGAAACAGCAACUCGGAUCAGCUUGUCAAAAUCGCCAAGGUCCUAGGUACAGAUGACCUGUUUGAGUAUCUAGAUCGAUAUGACAUUGAACUAGACGCGCAGUACGACGACAUACUGAGCCGAUUCCCGAAGAAGCCGUGGCAGAGUUUCGUAAAUGCCGACAAUCAGCGCUUUGUCAGCCCGGAAGCUAUCGACUUUUUGGACAAGCUGUUGAGAUAUGAUCACCAGGAACGUCUUACUGCUCAGGAGGCAAUGGCACAUCCUUACUUCGCUCCGGUGAGGAAUGCGGCAGCACAGCAGCAGAACUCCCAAAACCACGUCUCUUGA